AUGGCCAACCCAAAUCAGUACUUUCUGCUCGCAGACCACAUCAAACUCAGCUUAUUAGAACGACAACGGGCCAUCUCACUUAAUCUCGAACCAACAUCCCAAGAUGGACACAUUUCACGAUCACUAGACUCCUUGCGAGAAGGGCUGGAGAACGUAGCAAGAGAACGGAUCCGACUACAAGACGCAGGAGACUCUGCCGCCAGCACAACACUCCAAGAAACAGAAAUCCAAUUACAAAAACAAUACGAUGAUCUAGCUUCUCAAUUCCGAGGACAUCCUACUUCUACCGCUUCUGCAACUCUCGCUCAUCCCAAUGACCCCGCGCUUUCGGAUGAUUUCGAACAUGCUACCGAUAGACCACCAAACACAUCCUCUUCUUCCUUCCUCAAGAAAUCUCUUCGAGGUGUAUCCGGUGGACCCGUUGCACCUUCACCGAAAUCUGUACGGUUCUCAGAUUCGCCUCUAGUUCAAGAAGAGGAAGAUGCCCGAGCUGCUCUCUUUCCAUAUCGAGAUGAUCCUUCCGGUCCUCCCGAUCAAUCGAAUCUCGAUAACCAGCAGAUUCACGCUUACCAUUCAAGAGUAAUGGCAGAACAGGACGAGGCGUUGGAUAGAUUAGGGGAGUCGAUUGGCAGACAACGGGAACUGAGCAUCCAGAUAGGCGAUGAGCUGGACGAGCAUGUGCAGAUGUUGGACGAAGCAGACCGACAUGUGGACAGACAUCAAUCAAGACUGGAUAAAGCGAGGAAGAAUCUGGGCACAAUAGCUAGGAAGGCCAAGGACAAUAUGCAGAUGACCAUCAUUGUGAUUCUCAUCAUAAUACUGGUUCUUCUGAUCAUAAUCUUGAAGUAG